AUGUCAGAACCUCAGCAGGUGCAGCCAGUAACGGCGCUGGCCCAAAUGGUGGCAGAGGUCGCCGCGAUGAGCUGGGACCAGGCGGUGGCCAGCAGGCAGCAGCUCGCGGCGCUGCAGCUGCAGACGUCACCGGGUCCCUCGCUCUCCGGUAUGACCCUACAACGGAUGACCGGGAAUGAUGAUGCCCAGUCGUACAUUGAAAUGUUCGAGGCGACAGCGUCGGCAUGUGGCUGGCCGGAGGCAGAGAGACCCGCGCCGGCACCCGGUCCCCCCGCACCACACACCCGCCCCUCCCCUGCUCCUCGUAGUAAUAUCCCCUCUCUCUCUCUUCCGCCACAGGGUCCAGCCGCUAUGGGCGCUGCUCUUAGCCCACAGAGGGUUCCUCAGGCGGCAGGGCAGGAGUGCUGGAGGUGCGGGCAGCCCGGACACUUCCGCCGCGAGUGUCCGCUAAUGGAGGUCGGGCAGGUGAUCCGGGUUGUCGGUCCUCCGGCGCCCUCCCCCGGUCCAGGAGAGACGUACAGCAUUCCGACUGAUGCGUCGGGCAGAGGGCUGGGGGCCGUUCUGUCCCAGCAGGUGCGGGGCGUCGACCGCCCAGUGCUGUACAUCAGCCGCAAGCUGUCCGAGAGGGAGGCCAGGUACAGCACGGUGGAGAGGGAGUGCCUGGCCAUCCGGUGGGCGGUCGGUGCUCUGCGGUACUACCUGCUGGGGCGCCCAUUCACCCUCUGCUCGGACCACGCUCCCCUCCAGUGGCUCCACCGCAUGAAGGAUGCCAACGCCCGGAUCACACGGUGGUAUCUGGCGUUGCAGCCGUUUAAGUUCACUGUGGUCCAUAGGCCGGGGGCACAGAUGGCUGUGGCCGACUUCCUUUCCCACUCCCUUGGGGGGGGGGGUUAG